AUGGAUCGCUAUGCCAAACAAGCCAUAAUUUGUAAUGUUGUUACUAGUAAUACCACCAGUACCACAACACUGAAGAUUCUUCCGACCAUAAAAACUUAUGAAAAUUCAACUGCAUACGGUGCUAAUUACAGUAGAAAUACUUCCUACUUAUUGCAACGAAAUUCUUUCGGUAAUUUAAGCCAAUUUAUUACUUAUGUGAAACAGAAGGUUAUGUCACGAAAAAUCAUACAUCAACCGCCAGGAAGAUUUCUAACAACAGUCUUUCAUUUUCCACCCUAUCCAGAUAUGGUUCUUCCCUAUUGCGAUGGUCUUUGGAUGGAAUUUGGAGUAUUUGAUGGUCGAAGCUUGAAUCAUGUUACAAGAUGGAAAUCACUCUAUUGUGGAAAUAAUAGUGGUCUCGUUUAUGGAUUUGACACAUUUACUGGUUUGCCAACCGAUUGGCGACCAGGAUUUCCCAAAGGUAAAUUUGCCAUUAAUUCUGAUCAACUUCGUAUUGAACCAAAUGUAGCAUUAGUCAAAGGACUAUUCAUAGAUUCACUUCCACAGGAACUUUUGAAACAUAAGAAUAUACCCGUCUCAUAUGUUCAUAUUGACUGUGAUAUUUAUGAAGGUGCACGAGAUGUACUUUUUCUAUUGGCAAGUCGAUUUGUGAGACGAACAUUACUGAUGUUCGAUGAACUCUUUAAUUAUUCACAGCAUGAAAAACAUGAAAUUAAAGCAUUAUUCGAAUUUUUGGUGGCAAGUCAUAAUCUAGAAUUGGAAACACUUGGUUCAGCGUAUCCUAUUGCAUUUGAUGAUACUGAAGAAAAUGGGGAAUCACAAUCAACAGGUUUUGUUGUUGUAUAA